ACAUAUUAUUUUGCCAUAGAGUACAAGUGUACAAUCAUCACAGCGUCAACCUUUUUAGAAAGCAACAUUUUAACAAGUAUCUUAAAAUUUUGUCAUUCAGUAGUGAAGCUUCACUUUUGAUCGAUUGAGGGUGUUUUUCAGUGUGAAAUUUGAGUUGUAGAUUGAUCUUAGAGAGAUUUUAUGGACGCCGAUCAGGGCGGAGAAACGCCGCGGAGCCCAGAAGCGAAACUGGGUAUGCAGGUGGAGGAUUUGUGGGAUAUACAAAAGGCCCAGCUGACUCCUACUGAGAAGCUUAAUGCUUGCUUUGAGAGCAUACCGGUUUCUGCCUUCCCUCCUGCUCCUUCUUCCCAAGUUACUGAGAUAAGUUCAGACUCGAGUCUGGCUGAAGCUGUGAAGUUACUGGCCCGGAAUAAAAUUCUCAGUGCACCUGUGGUGGAUUGCAGAGCGCCUGAAGAUGCUAGUUGGAUUGACAGAUACAUAGGCAUUGCAGAGUUUGCUGGCAUUGUUGUCUGGAUCUUACAUCAGUCAGAAAAGAUGGAAGGUGGCGAUUUCUUCGAUUUGGCAAUGAAUAGCUCGGAUAAUGAUUUUGGUCCUGCUGUUGCAGUGGCAAGUAAUGGAAUGUCUUCACCGAGGUUUAAAAGUAUACACCCUGACUCUCCUACAGCAACUUGUGGAAAAUUUUUUGAGAUGCUUACUUCUUCUGACUUCUAUAAGGAGACAAAGGUUGGGGAUAUCUCGGGAUCUUUUCGCUGGGCUCCAUUUCUCCCGUUGCAGAAAUCUAACUCUUUUCUGACGAUGCUCCUGCUGCUAUCAAAAUACAGAAUGAAGAGUGUUCCUGUGGUUGAUUUAGGGGAAGCUAAGAUUGACAACAUCAUCACGCAAUCCGCUGUUAUUCACAUGCUGGAAGAAUGUUCUGGACUUCAUUGGUUUGAAAGCUGGGGAUCGAAAAAACUAUUUGAACUUGGUCUGCCACUAAUGAAAGCUAGUCAGAUUAUUAAGGUGUGUGAGGACGAGCCUGUGCUGCAAGCAUUUAAACUAAUGAGACAAAAGGGAAUUGGAGGAUUACCAGUGGUUCAAAGUGGUGGAAAUAAGGCAAUUGGUAAUAUAAGCAUCAGAGAUAUCCAGUUCCUUCUCAUUGCGCCGGAAAUCUACAACGAAUACAGGUCUAUCACUGCCAAGAACUUCCUGACAGCAAUUAGACGGUAUCUAGGGGAGCAUCAAAAAGAGUCGCCAUUGUUGAGUGGCAUGGUUACCUGCCUAAGAGAUGAGACGCUGAAAGAAGUUAUUGUGAAACUUGAUUCGAUGAAGAUCCACCGGAUAUAUGUAGUGGAUGAGACUGGUGAUCUAGAGGGGGUGAUAACCCUAAGAGACAUAAUCUCGAAGCUAGUACACGAGCCCCGUGGAUAUUUUGGUGACUUUUUCGAUGGUGUUCUGCCCCUGCCUGCCAACAGUAGGGUAUAG